AUGGACAAGUUGGGAAAGGGUUCUGGAUUCAGGAGAAAUACCUUGGUUAGGUCUUGGCAACCAGCAACCACACCUCUGGGGCAACCAGCCUCAGCUCCAUCUGUGUCUCUUGGCAGCACCCAGCCCAGAAGACCUGUCAUUGCACAACCGCCUGCUCGGGCCUGGGCAGACGAGCGGGCAGCACUGCAGCAGGACCAGGUUCAACAGGAUAAGAUCUGGAGAGAGUCUGUGGAGACUGAACAGAGACGAAGAAAAAUCUGGUACCAGAACUGGAGUUUCUUAAAGGACUAUGACCAAAUGGGUAAGAAAAAGGAGCAGCAGCCACUGCCAAACUAUAUGCCUGUGUUCUCAAGCAAAGUUCCCAACUCGACCAACCAGACUAUUGGCAGUCAAAUGAAUACUGAACUUGGCAGGGCUCUGGUAAACAUGGAUUACUUCUUCAGCAGUGGAGCACGGAAGAGAAAACUUGAGGGUGAGCUCCAGCCUUCCUAG